CCGAUGCUAGUUGCUAUGGUACUUUCUCAACCGGUUUUUCCGGCUCAAGCCUUGUUGGCUUCUCCUCGAUUCCCGGAACUAGUACGUGGCCAUUUCGGCCUCUCGUAUCGGCGUUUAAAGUUCAAAGUUUCGGCGAUAAAGAAGCCACUGCCUGACCUACAGUCUCAGACACCAGGUCUUAAAAUCCAUAAAUCACUUCUUCAAUUUCAUUUUCUUUAACAGAUUGUUUGGGAAGUCUAAAAGUGUAAAGAAUUCAAUUGAAUUUAUUUUAGUUGAUCCUCGAGUUAAUUCAGUUGAUAUGAAUUAUUGCACAUCCCAGGUAAGGUUUUAAGUGACGCUCAAUUGAAUUAUGCAAAUGAUUUAUUCCAAAUAAGGUAUUUUUGUAACAGUGCCAUAUGUAUGCCCACUCAAAUGGAGUUACAGGUAGUGAAAAAUCACUGGUAGAAGAAAAGAGAGAGGAAAGUGUGGAUUUGGGAUGGCUACCUACUUUUCCUCACGCAUUGAUAGCUUCUAUGUCCAAUUUUCUCUUUGGCUAUCACAUAGGAUGAUCACGCAGCGUGAUGAAUGGUCCUAUUGUUUCGGUUGCACGAGAGCUAGGUUUUGAAGGAGACCCAAUCCUUGAGGGACUUGUGGUUAGCAUAUUCAUAGCUGGAGCAUUUAUUGGAAGCUUAAGCUCUGGUUCAUUAGUGGAUAAACUUGGAUGUCGCCGUACAUUUCAGGUUGACACAAUUCCAUUGAUUAUUGGUGCUAUUAUAAGUGCACAAGCUCACUCCUUAGAUGAAAUACUUUGCGGGAGAUUUCUUGUUGGCCUCGGGAUUGGUGUGAACACAGUUCUUGUUCCAAUCUAUAUCUCCGAGGUUGUAAUAUUCAACACAGGUUGUCAACCUGGAAAUGUUGCCCCAACUAAGUACAGGGGUUCCUUAGGAACCUUGUGUCAACUUGGCACAUGCCUCGGGAUCAUUACAUCACUAUUCCUUGCACUUCCCUCUGAAACUGAUCCACAUUGGUGGAGGACAAUUCUCUAUAUUGCAAGUGUUCCUGCAUUUAUGCUUUCAUUGGGUAUGCAGUUUGCCGUGGACAGUCCCCGUUGGCUGUGUAAAGUUGGAAGAUUGGAUGAUGCUAAGUCAGUUAUCCACAAUCUUUGGGGACCAUCUGAAGUUGAAACUGCAAUUGAAGAAUUUCAAUCAGUGAUAAAAAAUGAUGGUAGUGAUGCAGGCAGUAGGUGGUUGGAACUUCUGGAGGAGCCACAUUCUAGAGUUGCACUUAUUGGAGGUUCCCUUUUUAUACUACAACAAUUUGCUGGUAUAAAUGGAGUCCUUUAUUUUUCAUCAUUGACUUUUAAAGAUGUUGGCAUAACAAGUGGUGCUUUAGCAAGCUUAUAUGUAGGGCUUACCAACUUUGCAGGCGCACUUUGUGCCUCAUACUUAAUGGAUAAGGAAGGCAGGAGAAAGCUCUUAAUUGGCAGUUACAUAGGAAUGGCUGCGUCAAUGUUUCUUGUAGCAUGUGCAAUCAAUUUUUCAGUCGAUGAAGACCUCAGUCACAAUUUAUCAGUAACUGGAGUUCUUGUGUAUAUAUUUACCUUUGCAAUUGGAGCUGGUCCAGUAACUGGUCUUAUCAUCCCGGAACUUAGCAGUGCCAAGAUGCGAGGAAAGAUUAUGGGAUUCAGUUUUUCUGUUCAUUGGGUGUGCAAUUUCUUGGUGGGUCUGUUCUUUCUGGACUUGGUGGAGAUAUUUGGAGUUGCUCCAGUUUAUACAGGUUUUGGCAGUGUCUCCUUGUUAGCUGCUCUAUAUGCUAAUUACUAUACAAUUGAAACAAAGGGGCGCUCUCUUGAGGAGAUAGAAAUGUCACUGAACCCCAAUCUCCACAAGAAAUAGCAGUAGAGCAACUGUUAAAAGCCAAGGCAAUAGCAGCAGAGAAAAGUGUUGGUGGGUUGUGCACGAUGAGUGCGAUAUGUUCAGCUUAGGGAUCUGUGUUGCGUAUGGUUCAAGAUUUUGGAGAUGUCCUUCUCUCUCUUUCUCUCUCUCCUUUCACAUUUGGUGCAUUCUGUGUAAAAUGCCAAUUCAAUGUAUUGUAGUUCUUAUAACAGCAAUUCAAUUAUUAUAUAUUUGGUAAUAUUCUCUGCC